AUUAGGAAUCAGCCGACUAGCUACAAAGCCUCGUUGCUUGAUCUCUCUCGGCUACUUGUGAGUCCACAAUCAAGAUAUUCCCAACUCUUUAAUACGCAGCGAGCUCCUGGUAAUGUCGUAUGGAAUUCCAUGGCAUCUGUGGAUAAUGUUGACGAUUCAUUUGCCACAGAGUUAAUAGAUUCAUCUCAAAAACUGGAGCUUGAGGGCUAUAGCUCUUCCAAUAAAGCUUUCGAUUCUUGUCAGCUUGCCUUAGAGCUUCCUCGACAUCGCCGUCUAGAUCGCCUAAUUUUGCUCAAGGCUUGGCACUUAAUCGAUACGCCCACAGACCAAGAUCUCUCUGAUAAAAUGCCUAAUGAGGUAGAUCAUGCUUGA